ACGCCUUUCCUUACACUUGCUGCACAGUACAUCCACCAGGAGACACAUGCAAAAGGCUUUGCACGUUGCAUUUCCCACAGACCAGAGGAGAGAACAGUCCACACUACCCUGUGAAUACCUGGGUGGUGUUGUUGUUGUUGUUGUUGUAGCUGGCUCAGGCUUCAGAUGGUAAAAGAGACUGACUGGGUGUCUUGGCUGGUCAGGGCAAGGGCAAGGGCUAGUGGAUGGAUCAGUCACUGGAGUAAUUCUUUUUCCUUCUCUUUGCUUUCUUUCAGCUCUGACUCUGUCCUCACUCAAACCCCACUUACCUGGAAAAGAACCUGACCUGAAUGAAAUUUGCUCCAGUCAGCACAGAAGUGAGUCGAGACAAUUAGCUGAAAGACAUGGAUUUCGUUAUGAAACAAGCUUUGGGAGGGGCCACCAAAGACAUGGGAAAGAUGCUGGGAGGUGAUGAAGAGAAAGACCCAGACGCGCAGAAAAAAGAGGACGAGAGACAGGAGGCUCUCCGACAGCAAGAGGAUGAACGUAAGCAGAAACAUAUCCGAAUGGAGGCCGAGAGGGAAAAAGUACGGCAGCAAAUAAGAGAUAAGUACGGACUAAAGAAGAAAGAAGAGAAGGAAGCGGAGGAGAAAGCUGCGAUGGAGGCCCCAAUAGAAGGCAGCUUGACUCGUCCAAAGAAAGCGAUACCUGCUGGCUGCGGUGAUGAAGACGAGGAUGAGGAAGAGAGCAUUCUCGACACUGUGCUUAAGUACCUUCCCGGCCCCCUUCAGGACAUGUUCAAGAAGUAAUUGAACGGGGUGGGGGUGGGAGGGGUGGGG